AUGGGGGAGCCGCUGAGAGAGUACGUCAGCAGAUUCAACAAAGGAAAAAUUUCCAUCCCCUCUUGCAACCCCGAGAUAGCCAUAGACGCCUUCAGGAAGGGUCUCCUCCUAAAUGGUGAACUAUACAAAGAACUGAUGAAGCUCGGUUGCACCACGAUAGAAGACGCCUUGGCCAGAGCAGUGAUUCAAAUAAGGUGGGAGGAAGAUGAGAUGAAUCGGUCGAGCAAGCUCAAUGCCGAAGCAAGGAGGGACACGACCAAGUGGUACGAGGUUAAUGGCGACCAUGGACACAAUAUCGCUGACUGCAUUGCCCUGAAGUUAGAAGUUGUCGCACUACUGAAGAGGGGACAUCUCCGUGAUCUAUUGACGGAUAAAGGGAAUAAUAUCAUUAGCCAGAAAAGCACGAAAGAAACAUCUCCGCCUCCACGAGAACCUACGCCAAAAGGAUUCUGCUCAAUCAUCUCAAGAGGGUCGAAGAUCAGUGGGGUCAGUUAUUCCUCAGCUAAACGCUACGCCAAAGCCAACAACCACCAUGAAAUCCAAUCCAUCCAUCUGUCCUCUCGAUCAGACUCCCACCAGGUAAUUCAAUUCGAAGAUGACAAGCCAGUCACCCUGGCCGCACCUCAUCACGACGCUCUAGUCAUCUCCCUCCAGAUCGCCAACAUCCUGGUCAAGAGAGUAUUCAUAGAUGGCGGGUCCUCGGCAAACAUUCUCUUCCUUGAAGUAGUGAAAGCCAUGGGUCUGGAAGAAAUAAACAUCAACAAACAACCAACCAUACUGGUUGGGUUCAGUUCCAAGCAGAAAUACACCAUCGGAGAAAUCGUUCUUCUUGUUUAUGCCAGCAGAGUGAACAAGCAAGCUAGCCAGGUUCUGUUAGAUCAUGAUUUAGAGAUGGCGGGAUCAAAGGUUGAGAUUGAGAAGUUCGAUGGCAAAUGCUUCGAGCUUUGGAAACUGCAGAUGGAGGAUCUACUCGUUGAUAGGGACCUGUGGGGUGCAUUUUGUGAUGAUAGGUCGAGCCGAGACUGCCGUUGUUACGACGAGUGA